AUGAGUGCAGUGUCCCGAGCACUGCAACACGUCCGAAGACAGGACGUGAUGACCGCAGUUGGCCAAGGAAAGGUCCAAGGCGUGGGUCCGACCAUGUCGCUAAGCCGCGACAGCAAGUCGGACCGUCAAAAUAACGUACGGGGUCAGUAG